UGCUCAAGCAUUGCCCAUGGCGGGUUAAAUGAUUGCAAAAGGCAUGUUGAGUCAGAAAAUGAUGGGAGCAGUUCACAGUCAUUUAGAAAAGCACAUUCGUCCAUGCAUUGAUCUGAUUGACACUCUGAGGUCAGAUGGCAUCCAUAAAGACUUGGCAUUACCGACUAUUGUAGUAAUUGGAGACCAGAGUUCUGGAAAAAGUUCUGUGUUGGAAGGACUGUCUGGAAUUGGACUUCCAAGAGGCAAUGGAAUUGUAACCAGAUGUCCAUUAGAGUUGAGGCUGAAGAAGGUACCAGGAGUCAACUGGAAGGCUGUUUUAACGUACGAUAAGAAAACUGAUGAAUCUGUGAAUUCUUCACAUUUUGCAGGUCCUAUUAAAGCCAGCAAACUGGUGUUUGGAAAGGUAGCACAGGCAACUCAAAAUCAGAAGAAAAUUGAAUUUUCAGAUCCUUCAUUUGUUGGAGAACAUGUUGCAGCAGCCCAGAAUGAGCUGGCAGGAAAAGGGGUAGGAAUAUGUGAUGAGCUCAUCACAUUAGAGAUCAUGUCACCAGAUGUAUGUGACCUCACAUUGAUCGAUCUGCCUGGAAUUGCCAGAGUCCCAGUAGAAGGACAACCAGAGGAUAUUGGAAAACUGAUCAAACGUCUGAUCAUGAAAUAUAUUAAGAAACCUGAGACUAUAAACCUGGUUGUGGUCCCUUGUAAUACUGACAUUGCAACAACAGAAGCCUUAAAAAUGGCACAAGAAGUUGAUCCUGAGGGCAAAAGAACAGUCGCCAUUUUGACCAAACCAGACCUCAUUGACAAGGGAACAGAGGAACGCAUUCUGGCCAUUGUCCAGAACAAAGUGAUUCCUCUCCGCAAAGGUUACAUCAUGGUGAAGUGUAGAGGACAACAGCAGAUCAAUGAUGAAAUUCCUCUGGAGGAGGCAGCACAAAUGGAGAGAGAUUUCUUCCAAAACCAUGACUAUUUCAGAUGCCUCUUGAAAGAGGAUAAAGCAACUAUUAAAAAUCUUGCAAUACAACUAACUCAGGAUCUUGUUGAUCAUAUCAAAAAAUCAUUGCCACAGCUCCGUGAGCAGAUAAAUAAGCAGUUGUGGAGUGUGAAGAGAGCACUUAAGGACUGUGAGAUUGGACCACCAGAAGACCCUGAGGGAGCCAAGGAUUUCCUUAUUAAAACAUUAAAUGGAUUUAAUGAGAAAAUCGAGUCUCUGUCAUCAGAAGAGAUGAUAACUGAGAACAAUAUGUUUGCCCAGCUUCGUGCUGAAUUCAAGAAGUGGAAUGAUUAUCUUAACAGUACAAAGACACCCUUUAACAAUUCAAAUGAGUUAAGCAAGAAUUACAGAGGGAUGGAACUGCCUGGUUUCAUGAACUACAGAUUCUUUAAGAAGAUAAUGCAGGACCAUGUGGCCAAACUUAAGGAUCCAGCCAUUGAUUUACUCAAUGCCAUAAAAGACAUCAUCAUUAAGCAAUUCACGGACGUGGUGAGUGAGUGCUUCCAGAACUAUCAUGUCCUUCAAAACAUCACUAAGGACAAAAUCAACAACAUUCAGUUAACCCAGCUAGAAAAGGCAGAGCAGAGGAUCGCAGAGCAGUUUGAAAUGGAAAACAGGAUCUACACUCAAGAUCCCAUUUUCCUGAAGACCUUGAGUGAGAUUACAAAUGAGACUUUUUCAGAAAAGGAGUUACCUGUCUUUGACAAACCAUGCAAGUAUAAACAAAUGCUGGAGGCAUAUUAUGAGAUUGUGGUGCAGCGGGUGGCUGACCAACUGCCCUUGAUGAUCAACUUUUACAUGCUGCAGGAGACGGCUCAGCUCCUGACUAUUGACACAAUGAAAUUACUGGAAAAGCCAGAUGUGCAUGAGCUCCUGUCUGAGGACUCUGAUGUCAGCAGAAGACGCAAAGACCUAAGAGCUCGUCUGAAUCGUUUGACUACUGCUACAAAAACAAUUAGCAAUUUUCUAAAUAAUCACUAGAAGAUAUAUCUGUAAAAACAACACAAAAUACUAAAUAUAAAAAAUUACGAAUGUAUCUGACAACCAUCCAUUUUCCAGACUUGUUUAAGCGUUGCAGGAUUCAACAAUUUAACCCAUAUAACUUGUGGUAACACUUUAGAAUACUGUUUUAUCAUUACUGAAUAAUGACAAAAGAACACAUGGGUUAUACAAUAUUAGCAAUAUUAACUAAUAAGAUACUCUGAUUAAUGAAUUAGUAAGUUAUAG